AAACUUUGGAAUCAAAUUUAGAAGAUUUAGAAAUAAAUCGACAGAAAGCAAAGGAAAAUGUUACAAAAGCGCAGGAAAAUCAAAAGAGACGGCAUGAUUCAAAAAUAAAGAAACCUGAAGAUUAUCAAAUAAGAGACAAAGUCCUAUUAUAUGAAGCUGCAAAAGAAAAGACUUGGACUGGAAAAUUAGAAGAUAAAUAG